CUCCUGUAUUAUUUUUGAAUCUCUGAUGUACUCUGUAGAUAUUCCAGCGAUGGACAGGGUGCUCGAGAGCAUCGCACCCUACCUCACCAGACAGGCGGCUAUGGCAGCAGUGUGCGCCUACCCACUGUACCAGCUCAUCUACGCCCUAUUCCCAGGCGACUUCAUGGCGCGGUUCAACAAGAUGGUGUUCUGGAAGAACAAGUUUGCUGGCAACGAGUCCGAGUACAUUCUUCGCAACUACCGGCAGUAUGGCAACAUAUUCCUGGUUGGUCCGCGCAAGAUUGCCCUGUGCGAUCCAAGCGACUGCCGCGCGGUGCUGUCCACACACGCAUUCCGCAAGGACAAGGACUACGAGCACGUCACAUUUAUUGAGCCGAACCUGGUGACAUCAGUCGACCCGGAGGCCAACAAGCAGCGGCGGCGGCAGGUGGGCCCAACAUUCAACCCGGCCAGUCUGCGCAAGAUGCAGCCCAAGAUCCUGGAAUGCGGCAUUUUGCCCGUCAUCGAGCACUACUACAAUACGUAUAUGCUGAUGACCUUUGACGUGAUCUCGGUGCUGGCAUUUGGCAGGUACUUUGAUGCGCUGCGCUCGGGCAACCGGCAGCUGAUCAACUGGAUUGAAAAGUCAAUGGCACUGCUGGUCAGCGAGAUGAUUUUCCCCGGUUACAAAAUCCGCCGCAGUGUCGACGAGCUGAUUGCCUUUGGCAAGUCGGUCAUUGACGAGCGCAAGCAGAAGGUCAGGGAGGGCAUUGAGCCGCCCGCGGACAUCCUGCAGUCGUUCAUUGAUGCCGAGGACCCCGAGUCCAAAAUCAAGAUGACGCCAUCGGAGGUGGUCUCGGAGAGCAUCGUGACAAUCAUUGCCGGAACCGACACCACCAGCAGCUCGCUGUGCUGGACUACGCAUCUGAUGCUUCUGCAUCCGGUCUGGUACAAGCGCGUCAAGGAGGAGGUGCGUGCAGCAUUCGACCGGGACCAUAUCAUCACAUACGAGGAAGCCAAGGCGCAGCUGCCGCUGAUGGAGGCCUGCGUGUACGAGUCGAUGCGCAUCCGCCCAGUGGCCGGCAAUGUGGCCCGGGUAGUGCCGCAAGGCGGCGCAACCUUCCAGGGCCAUUUCAUCCCCGAGGGCUACUCAGCUGACCGUAUGAAUGCGGAUGUGUGGGAGAACCCGCACGUGUUCAAUCCGGACCGCUUCCUUGCCAAUCCCGAAAUGAAGCAGCAGCUGCUGACGUUCAGCGCCGGCGUGCGCGUGUGCCCUGGCAAGCACCUGGCGUAUGUUGAGAUUUUCGUGACCCUGGCGAACCUGAUCAGCCGGUUCAAUUUUGAGCUGCCUGAGGACUCGCUGUUCGGCCCCGAGGUUCUGGGCGAGGACGGUGAGCCGGUCAUUAUGCCGCGCAAGCACACGCUGCUGUCGCAUCCGCGUUUCCCUGAGCGCGAUUGCAAUAUUGUUAUCACCAAGCGCUGAAUGAGGGGAUAUUUAAUGA